CGCGCUGGCUGCACCGUAGCAUUUGCUUCCCGCUCACGCACGACGGGGCGCCACCACCACCACCAAGCACAAGCAUUGGCCGCCCAGCCAACCCACUCCCCGGGCUAAAUUUUAGACAGGACAGGCUCAAGUCUGGAAGCACCUGCACCCAACAUCGACGCCCAGUUUCUGCACUUCUCAUCCACCCAGGCCGACUUCAACCAACAUCCACGGACAGCCCUGCCUCGUAGACAAGGACCUGCACCAGCUGUACCGCCGUGUCGUCACACCACUUUUGGGACUACAGCGGGGCCGCUCUGCGACUUCGCCGACGAGUCAUCUCUCCAUCCCCAGCACUCGCUUGAGAUGGCCGCCGCCGCCAGCACUCUGACGCUCUCGAGCGCAACGUUUGCCAAGCUCUCCCCUCAUCCCUACCUACUCGCCAAUCUCCAGCCAUCCGACUCGUCGAUACCGUCUGCCCGCACCAAUGGGCGCCAGCCUCGUCAGGCGCGGCCUCCCUUCAUCAAUUCCUCAUCUCUGUCCCACGCCCAUGGCAGCGCGGUCGUGAGGACAGGCGACACCACUGUCAUCUGCGGCGUCCGGGCAGAGACGCUCCUGACAAACCAGAUUCCCAACUACAGAGUACAGGCAAAGGACGGACUGGCCUCGUCGAACACAAACGAACUCCGAGACUAUGACCUGCUCGUACCAAACAUCGAGCUGGCCACUGGCUGUGCCCCGAACUUCCUGCCUGGCGUCCCCCCGACAGCUAUCGCUCAGACGCUCAGCACACGCGUGUACUCCCUCCUGCACUCAUCGAAGCUGCUCGAUGCUGCCGACCUGAGAAUCACUUACCAGAAUAAGGAUCUGCCUCCCAGGCUCGAAGGGAAGCAGGAGGAGGAGGAGAGGGGACAGGACGUUGCCCAUGGCAAUGACGGCGCCGGGGACAACUCGACGCAAGGCGAAGUCAAGGCAUACUGGGUGCUCUACAUUGAUGUGCUCUUCAUCUCGCUCGACGGCAAUCCGUUUGAUGCCGCCUGGGCCUCGAUUGUCGCUGCACUGCGAGACACGAAGCUGCCCAAAGCGUUCUGGGACCCAGACCGUGAGAUGGUCUUGUGCAACCGCGAGGCAAGCCCGCUGACGGUUCGAGGCCUCCCCGUCGCCAGCACGGCCGCCGUGUUCACUGCCAAGGAGCGACAGCAGCAGAAGAAGGGCAGCGGGCAGUUUUGGAUCCUGGUAGACCCGGAUAGGUUGGAGGAGAGCCUGUGCCACGAGUCUGUGACGGUUGUGGUCGACCGCUCCCAGGGAGAGACUGAGGUUCUGGGACUUUCAAAGAGUGGAGGUACCAUUGUUGGGCCUGAAGUGCUGAGGAGGUUUACGGCAAUUGCAGAGGAGAGAUGGGAGGAGUUCGAGAAGGCUUUGUCAUGAGCGGCGAUUGCCUUGGCAGGAUCAAGGGAGCGAUUCAGGAAGUAGAUGGACUAGACCCACUCUGGGGAGAAGAAAUGAUACCCAUCGCGCGCGCAGAAUUGCGUGACAGCCUGGCCGGA